AAGCAAUUAUCUUCCUAUUUGCUAAUUCAGGAUGUCCGGCCGCCAACAUCGUGUGAUGGUCCAGCCCAUCAAUGUCAUUUUUAAAAACUUGCAACAGAAAACGAAGGUAUUGGUUUGGCUCUACGACAACGCUGACAUGCGGAUAGAAGGGCGGAUCGUCGGAUUCGAUGAGUUCAUGAAUCUGGUUAUUGACGAGGCCGAAGAGGUUUUCGUCGGGAAAGUGCCAAAACCACGCCGACCUCUAGGGCGGAUAUUGUUGAAAGGCGAGAGCAUCACACUUAUCCAACCGGUGCAGUGAUUCUACUACAAUGAGUUUCGCCUCCAACCUUUCUGUAGCCACCAGCUCUUAAAUAUCAUUCUGCCAUUUUUUGGGCGUUGCUGGAUAGAAACCCGCAACAGCGUAAAAAAUAUUGUUGAUAAGCAAGUGAGAAAGG